AUGUUAUGUGACUCGAACAGGAAAUUCUUAAACAUAAGUAAGCUGUGUUCGAGUAGACAUAGCAAAAUCAUUCCCUGUAAUAAAACCAAAAAGGCCAAAGAAAUUCUAGAGUCUCCCAGAUUUGAUGUCAAAAAAGGAAUCAUCAUAAACACUGGAGUCAAUGACCUUGAGAACCUAUCUGCAGGAGAGAUUGUAAAAUCCCAAGUUCAAAUGGCAAAUAUGGCGGCAAAAAGAUUUCCGGGAAGACAAAUUUUUCUAUGUGGUAUCACCCCAAGAGGAGAUGAGUUAGAUAGAAAAAUCCCUGACAUUAAUGAUGACAUUGAUGAGGAGAUCAAAGAUAUCCCCAAUGUUAGCCACGUAUAUAAUGGGAAUCUACGUAAUGGCAAACUGUACUUUGAUGUCAAACAUUUGAAUAGAAGAUUUGGUAUCCCCGCUUUGGCAAAGAACAUCAAGAAUGAGUUGCGUAAGAUUUUCGGGGGUAACAGAAAGGAAAACACCAGCACCCAACAAAAGAGUGUACCUAGCAAUCAAAACCAGGAGGGAAGUCACCACAGUAAUGCAGGUCAAGUUCAAAACUUCGAUAAGGAGUUGGGGAGGAGUCCGCAGGAAGAUACACAGAAUGCAGUAUUUCUACCAACGAUGACUGGCAUUCAGGAUGAACUUAAACAGGUAUCAAACUUAUUGAACCAGUUAAUUCAAAGCAACAUUAGUACGAACCAUCAGCGGAUGCAAUACCAACGGGUAAUGUAUCCACAAGUUACUAUUCCUCCUCAAUUUACCAAUAAUUAUAGAUUUAUUUAG